CUCUGCUUCCUGCCCUCUCCCCUGCAGAAACGCAACAGGGCCAUCACGGCCCGGAGACAGCACCUGAAGAGUGUCAUGCUCCAGAUUGCCGCCCAGGAGCUGGAGAAAGAAGAGAGUCGCCGUGAGUCUGAGAAGCAGAACUACCUGUCUGAGCACUGCCCGCCUCUGCACCUGCCCGGCUCCAUGUCCGAAGUGCAGGAGCUCUGCAAACAGCUGCACGCCAAGAUCGACGCAGCCGAGGAGGAGAAGUAUGACAUGGAAGUGAGGGUUCAGAAGAGCACCAAGGAGCUGGAGGACAUGAACCAGAAGCUGUUCGACCUGAGAGGCAAGUUCAAGAGGCCCCCGUUGAGGAGGGUGCGCAUGUCUGCCGACGCGAUGCUCAAGGCGCUGCUGGGCUCCAAGCACAAGGUGUGCAUGGACCUGAGGGCCAACCUGAAGCAGGUCAAGAAGGAGGACACCGAGAAGGAGCGGGACCUGCGUGACGUGGGUGACUGGCGGAAGAACAUUGAGGAGAAGUCUGGCAUGGAGGGCAGGAAGAAGAUGUUCGAGACUGAGUCCUAGGCUACUUGCCACCCUCUUGCUCGGUGCGGCACUCCCCCCGCAGAGGGAGGGAGGGCAGGGCUCGUCUCAGUGGUUAAUAAAGGAUUCCAAUCCCUGUGA